CAUGGGGAGCCCCGCCUGAAGCGGGGCCCGAGGAGCCGCGCCGGCCCGGCCCGAGGAGGAGAUGGGGGAGGCCCGCUGCUGAGGAGCCAGCUUCGCCCCGGCCGCUGACAAUGCCCGGCUCCCGGCCGCUCGGCAGGAAGAGGCAGGCCAUGGACGAGGGCGAGCUCUGAAGCCGUCCCGGCCGCAGCCUCCCCGCCGGCCCCCGGGACCCCCCGGCGCAGCGCCAUGGAGACGGUGGGAAAGUUUGAGUUCAGCAGGAAGGACCUGAUCGGCCACGGAGCCUUCGCCGUCGUCUUCAAAGGCAGGCACAAAGAGAAACCUGAGCUGGAAGUAGCUGUGAAAUGUAUUAACAAGAAGAACCUUGCAAAAUCGCAAACACUCCUGGGCAAGGAAAUAAAAAUUCUUAAGGAAUUGAAACAUGAAAACAUUGUUGCCUUGUAUGACUUCCAGGAGCUGGCAAACUCUGUCUACUUGGUUAUGGAGUACUGUAAUGGUGGUGACCUGGCAGACUACCUUCACACUAUGCGGACACUUAGUGAAGACACCAUCAGGCUCUUUCUCCAGCAGAUAGCAGGUGCCAUGAAAAUGCUGCACAGCAAGGGCAUCAUCCAUCGGGACUUGAAGCCACAGAAUAUCCUCCUUUCCUAUGCUGGGGGCAGGAAAUCAAAUCCCAACAACAUUCGCAUAAAGAUCGCUGACUUUGGGUUUGCCCGGUACCUGCAGAACAAUAUGAUGGCAGCAACAUUGUGUGGUUCACCUAUGUACAUGGCACCAGAAGUCAUUAUGUCACAACACUACGAUGCCAAAGCUGACCUCUGGAGUAUAGGAACCAUCAUUUAUCAGUGUCUGACAGGAAAGGCUCCCUUUCAGGCCAGCAGCCCACAGGAUCUCCGCCUCUUCUAUGAGAAAAACAAGAUGCUGAUGCCCAACAUCCCCAGGGAGACAUCCAGCCACCUGAGGCAGCUCCUGCUGGGCCUCUUGCAGCGUAAUCACAAGGACCGCAUGGACUUUGAUGAAUUUUUCCAUCACCCAUUCUUGGAUGCAAGUGCCUCUAUGAAAAAAUCUGCUUCCGUGCCAAUGCCUUCUUAUCCCAGUUCUGGCUCUGGUAGUUCCUCUAGCAGCUCAUCCACUUCCCACCUGGCAUCACCUCCUCAGUCCCUUGGAGAGAUGCAGCAGCAGCUGCAGGAGAAGGCACUGGCAUCUCCUACCCAGGAUUCUCCUGGGUUUCUGCACAGAUCCAAGGACUCUGCAGGAAGCAGCAGCAAGAAUUCCUCCUGUGACACUGAUGACUUUGUCAUGGUCCCAGCACAGUUCUCAAGUGAUUUAGCUGCUGAGGCUGCAGGAGGGAAGCCAGUCCAGGACAGCCUGAUGUACAGUGGGAGCUCCCUGGUGACUUCAGCAGGCUUGGAAAGCCAGGGAAGGACACCAUCUCCAUCACCCCCAUACAGCAGUUCUCCAAGCCCAUCUGGCCGGCCAGGGCAGUUUUCCAGCAGCAAGUACGGCCACUCCGUGCCCAUCCCAGUCCCCACACAAAUCCACAACUACCGUCGGAUCGAGCAGAACCUGCAGUCUCCCAAUCCAUCCUCCUCCCCCCGGUCUGGUGCGGUCCGGAGGUCCAGCAGUACAAGUCCUCUUGGUUUUCCCAAAACUGGUGCUUCCCCUCCUUAUCCUGGAGAGCAUGGAUCCGUGCCCAGCACUAAGAAGCUCUCCUUUGGUGGUGCCAAGCCUUUUAUGCCAUCACCACAAGAUUAUUUGACAAGUGUUUUGACCUCAGUAAAAUGGAGAGAGAAAUACCUGUUAGCCCGAGGAGAGGCAAGCUUUGCUUUGGUGCCUGCAUCAAACAUUUUGCUGCCCUCAGAAGAGGGCAUCUUUGGAACAAUCCCAGAGCAGCCCAGCCAGACUGUUAUCCCAUCUUCUCUUGGGGCAGAAGUGAGAAGCCGUGUUCCUGCUGCCGGUUCCUUGGCACCUGAACAGUCUCCUCGAGGGAUGGGCUCCCGGCUCCACAGUGCUCCCAACCUGUCGGAUUUGCAUUCCUGCAGGCAGAAGAUAACCAAGCAGCACUCUGAUCCCCUUGUUGCUCACUUUGGUCAUACCCCAGUCAGCCAGCCUCUGCAGAUUCAUGGCUUGCAGCACUGCCGGCAGCUCCGAUCCUCACCAAAGCUCUCUGAGUUCAUGCAGAGAAGCCCUUUGCCAACCAUAAUGGGCUCCCCUACAAAGGCUGUGUCCCCAUUUGAGUUUCCCAAAACCCCAAGUUCCCAGAAUCUCCUCACCCUGUUGGCCCAUCAGGGGGUCGUGAUGACUCCGACACGGAACAAGACCUUGCCAGAUCUGAAGGAGAUGGGUCAUUUCCACUGCCAGCAAACUGGGCUGGGAUUGAGGCCUGUGGAAGAGAUCAAGGGCAGAUCUCUGAGCACAGGCAGGCUCACUGACCUGCUUCUGAAGGCAGCCUUUGGGGCACAGAUCUCGGAAGCUGGCAGCAGCGACAGCCUGAACAAUGAGAAGCCAAUGGAAAUUGCAGCUCCCUCAGGUGCUUACGGAGGGACCCUGCACUCUGGUGCCCGGGCUGGGGGCUCUGCCAGCCCAUCCCCAGUGGUUUUUACUGUCGGAUCCCCUCCCAGUGGAACAACCCCCCCACAGACCACGAGGACCAGGAUGUUUUCAGUGGGGUCUUCCAGCUCUCUCAGUUCUGGAGGCUCCUUCAGUGGGAGGCACCUGGCAGUGGGAGCUGCAGGGGAGGCUCUGGAGGGCCCCUCGAGUCUCCGGUACACUUUUGCUGAUCCCAUCACUGCCAACCUGGAAAGUGCUGUUACAUUUGAGGCACCAGAGCUGCCUGAAGAGACACUCAUGGAGCAAGAGCACACGGACAUCCUGCGCAGCCUGCGCUUCACGCUGGCCUUCGUGCACUACGUGAUGGAGAUCGCUGCUCUGAAGGGCAGCUCCAGUGACAUCAGCAGCUCGGUGACAUCUGAGUACCAGCUCCAGGAGAGCGUGGUGGCCGACCAGAUCAGCCUGCUGAGCCGGGAGUGGAGCUAUGCAGAGCAGCUCGUGCUGUACCUGAAAGUGGCAGAACUUCUGUCCUCGGGGCUGCAGAUGGCCAUUGAGCAGAUCAAAGCUGGCAAGCUGUGCCUCUCCUCCACCGUCAAGCAAGUUGUGAAGAAGCUAAAUGAGCUUUACAAAUCCAGUGUAUCCUCCUGCCACUGCCUCAACAUGAGACUGCAGAGGUUCUUCUUGGACAAACAGAAGCUCAUGGACCGGAUCAACAGCAUCACUGCAGAGAAGCUCAUCUUCAGCUAUGCUGUGCAAAUGGUGCAGUCUGCAGCCUUGGAUGAGAUGUUCCACCACAGAGAGGACUGUGCACAGAGGUACCACAAGGCUCUGCUGCUAAUGGAGGGGCUCCUGAACAUCAUCACUGAACAGGGGGACAUAGAAAACAUCAGUAAAUGUAAGCUGUGCAUCGAGCGCAGGCUGUCAGCUCUGCUGUCGGGGUUCUGUGCCUGAUUUCAGUGGUGUUAUCCUUCACACACCUCACCCCAGCUGAUUGCUUUAUUCCCAACAGCCUGUGCUGUGCUGGGAAACCAUUCUGGCAGUAGGACACCUGGAGGAUGGACUGCUCACUGUUCUGUUUUUGGACGUUUUGGGAAGUUGUUCCACAGACUCAGAUUCCUUUGUGGGGAUGUGUGACUGCAACAAGCACAAAUACUUCCCUGCCCAAAGGCCUGGGUGAAGACAUAGCUGAUGUGGAAAGGUCUCCCUCGUUGUCAGAGGGGGUGAAGGAUAGAAGUCUGCUUCUUCCCAGCACUUUGAAGGAUAAGACUGCUGCCUAUCCCUCUUGCUUAAGAACAGGGUAUUCCAGUGCUGUGUCCAUUGCAGGCAAUGGAUGUGCUGAAACUGCUGGCUUCAGUUGAUGUCCGAGUGUGUCAUUCAGACAUAAAGGCCAGUCUGUGUACUUUCCCCUUCCCAGCUGAGAGCCACGCAUCUUCAAGCUCCUUGGCAACUGGAGGCUCCCCUCCACUCUCUCCUUUGUCCUUUCUCCUUGGAGUGCUUGGAGAGGAGGGAGUUGGCGUUGUGAAGUAGCUCCCAGCUCUGCAGACUUGCUGAGUGAGGCAGGGGACGUGAAGCCGCUGGGAAGCUUGGAAAUCUCAUGGCUGCUGUGUGGGCUCCCUGUCUGCCUGCCUGGAUGGGCAAACAAGGCAGGGAAAGGGGCUGUGCAGGAAACAGGAGGGCAGCAGAAAGCAUCACACUCCUGGUUCCUAAGAAGCCAAAACGAAUCCGUU